UAUGCUGCAGAAGGACAACUCCAAUGCGACGGGAGAGAUAAGACCGGAGCAGACUGCACGGAAAGUGUGCUCACUGACGAAGUUUGGUUUCAACGAAAAGUCAUUCUUCUUUUCUAGUUGUUCACAUGAAACGUGGUGAUAAGAAGUGCGUGGUAACACAGUAGAUUUGGACAAGACCUGAAACAAUUAGCCUCGUUAAAAAAAGCGAGCGCGUCUGCUUGCGAAACACUUGUGGCUUUUUGGCUUGCAAUUGGGAAGCGGUGUGUAUACCAACAACCCAUGGAGCAGGAAACCUUGGAAACCUUGGAGAUUAUUGAGAGAGGAGAGAGGUCUGUCAGCAGGGGUACUGAGGCCACACCCCCAUAUGGCUAUCAGCUAGACCUGGACUUCCUGAAGUAUGUGGACGACAUACAGCGUGGCAACACCAUCAAGAGGCUGAACAUCCAGCGGAAAUCCAGGCCUGUCCGGCCGGCGGCGGAGCCCGUGCCCAGGGGAGGUUGCUCUGGUGGGGGCAGUGGGUACAGUGGGCAGGGCCAGGCUGAAUGGACCUCCACAGGCUCCCUACCCUCCUCCAGUGAAGAGGCACAGCAGAGUCCCCUCUUCUACCCCUCCCCCCAGCCUCACCCUCCCCCCACCCUGAUUUACCACGCCCAUGCCCCUCUCCCUUCCUGUGACGUCCCCGCCGAAGCCCCUCAACGGCCCCUUCUCCCGCCCCCCUCUCUGUGGGAACCUCCCCUCCUCAACCCCCAGGUUGAGAAGACCCUGAUGGAGACGAGGAGGAGGUUAGAACAGGAGCGCCACCUCAUGCAGCCCCCCUCCCCCUCCGAACCCCCUGGCCCUGCUCCUCGCCACCGCCUGGCCUCCUUCGGAGGGAUGGGGGGGUCCAGCACCUCCCUGUUCUCCUCCCUGCUUCCCAACGGGGGUGGAGGUAGUGGAGAGUACAACCCCUACUACACUUCCAUGGGUUCCUCUAUGCACCACAGCCCCAUGUCCUCGGGCAUGACCACGCCGGCCACCAACGUGUCUCCACUCCACCUGCAGCACAUCCGGGAGCAGAUGGUGGUGGCCCUGCGGAGGCUGAAGGAGCUAGAGGAGAAGGUGAAGACCAUACCUGUCCUGCAGGUGAAGAUAGCUGUGUUGCAGGAGGAGAAGAGACAGAUGACCUGUCAGAAGAACCAGAGGCUGGGGUGGGGGCAUAGUGGGGGGUUCAGGAAGAGGUCCUAUAGCGUGGGCAGUGCUGACCAGUUGGCCGACCAGCUGGACCCCCAGACACAUACCCAACAGACCCAGGAGCUGCACAUCAUGGAGCCAGAGGGCCAGGAGUGUCAGGGCCAUAGUCAGAGUACCAAGGGGAUGGAGGAGUUCAGGAGGCUGGCUGCAGAGGUCCAAGCCCUGGGGGCAAACAGCCAGGAUCAAGGGUCUCACCAGGCCAGGCAGACCCAGACCUCCCUCCCUCUCACCCACAAUAACAACAACCAGCUCACCUCCACGGCGGUCGGCCCAGAUGAGAACAUGAACGACGCCACGGUGGUCGCCCAAAAGUCGCCGGUGAUGACGAUGGUACAACAACGACGCUUCUACUGUGACGUCGGAAUGGCGACGGAGCAUCGUGAGACUCGCAGUGCUGGGACGGGCGUGACGGAAGCCAUGUUGGGCGUGACCAGCGAGGUGGAGGCAGAGCUAGACUUGCAGCAGCAGACCAUCGAGGCCCUGAAGGAGAAGAUCUACCGGCUAGAGGUGGACCUGAGAGAGACCACCCACCUGAUGGAGAUGUCCAAGCUGAAGCUAGAGCUGCAGGCCGCUGGGGGAGCCAAUAAGAAGAGGGCUGAUAAAGGCUGCCAGGUGCGGCCAGACACCUACAGCAUGGCCUGCCAGGCGCGGCCAGACACCCAGAGCACUGGCUCAGAGACCUGGAGAGUCCAGACACACAGCCAGGGAGUGGGGAACCAUCUAGAGACCAGCCAUGCCUCCACAGGGGAGACCCUCCACACUGUAGGGGUAGGGGUGUCCUGUCAACCCAGCCUGAGACACACUGCUUCGGGUCCUGACCUGCCCAUGGAGAGGUGGCUGGUGCAGGAGAGGGUAGAGGUGCAGGACCAGUGUGUGGGGAGGCGGUUGGAGGUGUGUGACCAGGGGGUGGGGGUGGAGGUGGGGCUGUGUGACCAGGGAGUGAACACUGAUGAGGAAGUAGACAGUCUAGAGCUGUGUCAGGCCCAGGAGACCGAGGCCAGGGAGAGGGAGAGUAGGUCGGUGGGCGUUGGGGAGUGUUCUAGAGACGUCAACGUCUCUCCCAUCAGACAGCUGGUUACCACGGGGACUAACCCUGUCCUGGGCACCACCACGGACUCUGCUGUCAUGGUAACCCCAGACACAGUCUCCCAACACACCAGCACCCUGCUGGAGACCGCUAGCCAACACACCAACACAGAGACAGUGGUGCUAGCUGACGGCUGUACCAACACCCCCCUGCUCCACACAGCUGAGAAACACACCAGCACGCUAACCAAUCACACAAGGACUGUCGCUGUGGGCGAGGGGCUGAUCAAAGACCCACAGACCAAAACCAGGUCUGUUGCCGUGGGAAACACAGCGGAGCGAGACGGCGGUACGGAGGAGGCAUGGUCGGCCCAGACCAAAGAGGUGGGCGUCGGCCUGGUCGGCAUCCACACUAACUUCCUGGUCGGCCUGAAGACCCGGAACAUUGCAUGUGGCCCCUCCCACCUGGACGGAACCGCUGUUACCCAGGAGACCAUUGCAGUGACGACUGUUGUACCACCCCAGGCCCAGGCCAUACCACCGCCCCAGCAGGUGGAGGGGGGGGCAGGACUAGACCACUACAUAGAGAGGCUUCAGAAGCUACUUCAGGAACAACAGAUGCUGUUGACUGAGAACUACAGUGAGCUAGCGGAUGCUUUCGGACAGCCCUGCUCUUCUCAGUUCACCCACUUUGGUUCUAUCAACAGCCAGCUGGUCAACACUCUGACUUCUAUCAGCUCUGUCAUGAAGUAUGGCAGUGCUGAGGAUCUGAGAACACAGCGAGAUAGCAGCAGCACCACUACAGAUCAGGGUCAGCUGCAGGUGUCCAGUGAAGUCAUGCAGAGUUCAGAGGUUAGCCAGACGGAGGUAGUGUCACAUGACCCCAGGUCCCCGCCCAGCCCGGCCACGCUGAAGCACCGCAUGGACCAGCAGAUGUCCAGCGCCUUGAACGGUCGUAAGAGCGCUCUGAAGUCCAUCAUGAAGAAGAAAGAUGGCCGCCAGGGUUCUUUGGGAACCAAGAAGAACCUACAGUUUGUAGGAGUCAAUGGAGGGUACGAGACAACGUCGAGUGAUGAAUCAGAGGACAGCAGCUCCUCUGAUACAGAAGAGGAGGAGGAGGAAGAGGAGGAGGAGGGGAAUGUGUUCGGAGGAGGAGAGGAAGCUGAAGAGAGGAACACAGAGGAAUUCCAGAACGAGGGAGCAGGGGAAGCGGGAGGGAGUGAAGAGGAGGGAGGAGGAGACAAGCUAGAGAUGAGAGAGAGGUUUGAGUUGAGUGAGAAGAUGUUGGCUGCCUGUAACGUGUUGAAGAACCACCUGAAUGAUGGCAAGGCCUUAACCAGUAAAGAUGUGAGAGCCUGUGUGAACACAGUUCAGAGCGAGUGGUUCUGGGUGUCCAGUCAGAAGACGGUGGUGCCCGGCAUAGUGGAGGACUAUUUGACAGCGUUCCGGGACAUCUCGCCGGCCAUGCUGCGUCACAUUGUCAACAUGGCGGACGGUAACGGGAACACAGCGCUCCACUACAGCGUGUCACACUCCAACUUCCACAUCGUCAAGACGCUGCUCAACGCAAAUGUGUGUAACGUGAACCAGCAGAAUAAGGCUGGCUAUACUCCCAUCAUGCUGUCUGUGCUGGCGGCUGUGGAGGCUCCUAAAGACAUGGCCAUCGUAGAGUACCUCUUCAGCAAGGGAGACGUCAACGCUAAGGCCAGCCAGGCUGGCCAGACAGGGCUGAUGCUGGCGGUCAGUCAUGGCAGGAUGGACAUGGUUCGGGCGCUGCUGGCCCAGGGGGCAGAGGUCAAUAUCCAGGAUGAUGAGGGUUCUACAGCCCUGAUGUGUGCCAGCGAACAUGGCCACGCUGAGAUAGUCAAACUACUGCUGGCCCAGCCAGGCUGCGACGCCACUCUCAGCGACAGUGAUGAGAGCAAUGCCCUGUCUAUCGCUCUGGAAGCGGGUCACAAGGACAUAGCAGUGUUGUUGUACGCCCACGUAAACUUCUCUAAGGCCCAGUCACCGGGAACCCCUCGUCUGAGCAGGAAGAUGUCCCCCAGUCCCACCAGGAGGGGCAUGUUUGACUAGCGCCACCGCCCAUUGGUCAAGUCUCAUGACACCAACCAACCGCUGAGGAUUUCAACCCCUAGGGACAGACUUUGGCCCCACCCCCUGACAACCUGAUUGGAUCAUGUGGGAUUAUUGACAAUGCAGUUCAACCAGAAAGGUUCCAUGGGUUUAUUGACAAUGCAGUUCAACCAGAAAGGUUCCCUGGGUUUAUUGACAAUGCGGUACAACCAGAAAGGUUCCCUGGGUUUAUUGCCUAUGUGGUCCAACCAGAAAGGUUCCCUGGGUUUAUUGACCAUGCGGUCCAACCAGAAAGGUUCCCUGGGUUUAUUGACCAUAUGGUCCAACCAGAAAGGUUCCUGGGUUAAUUGACCAUGUGGUCCAACCAGAAAGGUUCCCUGGGUUUAUUGACCAUGUGGUCCAACCAGAAAGGUUCCUGGGUUUAUUGACCAUGUGGUCCAACCAGAAAGGUUCCUGGGUUUAUUGACCAUGUGGUCCAACCAGAAAGGUUCCCUGGGUUUAAAGACCAUUCGGUAUAACCAGAAUGGUUCCUUGGGUUUAUUGAUCAUGAUGAAAGAUGAAACAUAUUGGUCAGUCUUGUAGUAAGAUGAGCUGGUAUUGGUCAGUAUUGUAGUAAGAUGAGCUGGUAUUGGUCAGCCUUGUAAUAAGAUGAGCUGUUAUUGGUCAGUAUUGUAGUAAGAUGAGCUGGUAUUGGUCAGCCUUGUAAUAAGAUGAGCUGUUAUUGGUCAGUCUUGUAGUAAAAUGAGCUGUGAUUGGUCAGUCUUGUAGUAAGAUGAGCUGGUAUUGGUCAGUCUUGUAGUAAGAUGAGCUGGUAUUGGUCAGUCUUGUAAUAAGAUGAGUUGGUAUUGGUCAGUCUUCUACAUGAACAUCCCAAAGUGCCUUUGUUAAACCACCACCAGCAUUCUGUCUGCUCUGAGUGGAUAGAGAGAAGGAUGAGAGCGAGAAGAGAGAGGAGAAAGAGAAGGAGGAGGGAGAGGAGAAAGAGAAGGAGGGAGAGAGAGAGGAGGAAGAGGAGGAGGGAAAGAAGGAGUGGGAGAGGAGAGAGAGAAGGAGAAGAUAGGCCAUACUACUUGAGGAGCUGGACUUCAUAAGAACCCAGAAACACAAAUACUGUAUUCUAGAUAUGGGCUGCAAUAGACAAGCAUCCUGUCCAGGCAGUGAAUGUGUACAUCAAAAGCUGCCUCACAAGAGAGAGAGAGAGAGGUUCAGAUAAGGAUACUUACUUAUCCAGACUAUAGACCUUUUCAACUGUCAAAAUAAAAUAAUAACACGUUCUGUACGCGCAACCAAGAGGUUCCCCAGUAAACAUCCGGUGCUGCGGUACCCCAUAAUUGCUAACUAGCUAGGUAGUUGGCUAGCUAGCACAAAAUGACAAGUUCGCAUUUCUUGAUCCACCAAAAAACUGAAAAAACAACUUAUUGACCUAUUGACUUGCUACCAGAUCCACUAAACACAGUCAUGAGACAAUGUUUAUAUCUAAUUUAUUAUCCGUUUGCUCUGGUGGUGUUGCAUUAGGCUAGCACAGUAAAUAACCACAGAGCUAGCGUGAUGUGAGGGUAGAGAAAGAUCAGUUGACCUUGUUAGCCAGCCAGAGCUAGCGUGAUGUGAGGGUAGAGAAAGAUCAGUUGACCUUGUUAGCCAGCUGGAUUCAUUUCUCUCUCAACAGCCAACAAUAUAACUAAACUAAAUGUAGUUAGUAUCCAAUGUUUGACGGACUCAUUGUUUACAACAAAGUUAGCUAGCAGUUUAAAAAUGACCCCACUAUCAACCUUUCUCCCCCCCCCUCACUAAUCUGUCACUCAGCUCGUUGACUUUUCCUCCAAAACACAUCUAUAUUUUACCCAGGUCUUUUGCCCACUUAGUUUCAAUUAAGAAAUAUAGUGUAGUUUAAAUGAACCGCUAGCUUGUGCUAUUCAUAUAUUAUCAACCUCACGUUACGAGACAUAGCUAGUGGUUUGGUUACAGUAAAGCUAGACUAUACAAAUGCUAGUGCUGACACCUUGUGGUGAUAAUGUUGAACUGCAUAUUAAUUACACCAGGAUGGUAUAUAACAUGAAGCGAACUCAUUUCAAAAUCAUUUCAAGCAACAUAUUUAGCAAUGUCUUUUUAGAUUAAAUCAAAUUAACCUUAAAAUAUUCCUUUCUGCACACCUUGAUAGUGAUAUGUGAUAAUGUCUCCCCUGAGCAUGUUAACCUCAAGGCCCACCUUCAUGAUGUCUCUCCCCUGAGCAUGUCAACCUCAAGGCCCACCUUCAUAAUGUCUCUCCUCUGAGCCUCAACCUCAAGGCCCACCUUCAUAAUGUCUCCCCUGAGCCUGUCAACCUCAACAUGGUUAGCCUCAUUAUGAGUCUAAUCUGGUCUCCUUCAACAUGGUUAGCCUCAUUAUGAGUCUAAUCUGGUCUCCUUCAACAUGGUUAUCCUCUUUAUGAGUCUAAUCUGGUCUCCUUCAACAUGGUUGUCCUCAUUAUGAGUCUAAUCUGGUCUCCUUCAACAUGGUUAUCCUCAUUAUGAGUCUAAUCUGGUCUCCUUCAACAUGGUUAUCCUCAUUAUGAGUCUAAUCUGGUCUCCUUCAACAUGGUUAUCCUCAUUAUGAGUCUAAUCUGGUCUCCUUCAACAUGGUUAUCCUCAUUAUGAGUCUAAUCUGGUCUCCUUCAACAUGGUUAUCCUCGUUAUGUGGGUAGUGGGUUUAGACAUCCAUCUUACUCCAACACAAGAGAUGAUUGAUUAGUUAAAUGAAUCGUGUCUAAUAGAUAUAAUCAGCAAGGGCCGGAACAGAAACCUGCUCAGCCAGUAGAUAGGUCUGUAGCAGCAAGGUUGGCCAUGCAUGUUCUAUAUCUAUGUAUUGUUACUCUAACAGUGUUGUUGUAAUCCUACAACCAAUUCUAACUGUAAACCAAUAGCAUAUCACCCAUAUCGCCUUGAGUCUCUUCAGGGACUUUCAUUGGGAUUUAGCAGCUUUCACACGUCUCUGUAUCUGAAAUUUAGAAACAUAGACGUUAGACCAGGACUUUGCUUCAUUAGAAACAUAGAAAUUACACCAGCACUUGCUUCAUUAGAAACAUAGAAAUUACACCAGGACUUGCUUCAUUAUUCUCAAGUGAUAUAACGUUUGAUAUUAAAUUGUCUAUUGUCGUAGUUUUCUCUUCGGGACUGGAAAUAUGUUCAAUUAGCUAGUUAGCUAAGCUACUAGCUAGGUAGCUAACUUGUUGUUUUUAGCAUAUCAAGCUACCGUUUGUGUCAUUAAAAAAACUAAUAUUGGA